AUGAGAUCCAUUAAGCGAAUACACCCGACGAGUGACGAAACUCCGCCAUGGGCAGGCAUGGCUUUUACCCAACCAGUCGAUUCUGAUGCUUUACAUGAGCUUCUGAAGAACCAAUACCCACAAUGCACAAGUUUGCGCCAGCGGAAGCAUAUGGCCGCCAUAGACUUUUUGAGGCGCGAACUCGAGUCGAUGCAAAACGAGACGGCAGGGACGAUGACAGAAAUGUCGCCUGGCGACCAAGCACGUGUUGUCUUCCAUGCGUCUCAUCAGAGCCUCGAAGAACUGAGUGAGCGUAAGCAUCAAAGAAGCAUCUCACCUUCCCUGUCACAGAGCAGUUCGUGUAGGUCACCGGCACUUCUGGAUCAUCACCCACAGCAGUCUCCUGCUAUAACCAAGAUCGGGGCUGGUCAGCAGCAUGUAUUCAGUAUUGUGGAUGGACUUGCGAUGCAGCCGAAGAAGAAGCGCAAGAUGACACCCGCAGAACGAUCUGCUUACAAGACGACGAGAAAGGUCGGUGCUUGCGACAAGUGUAAGCGCCAAAAAGGCAAGGUACGAGACAGUUCCCAACAAGUGGAGCCUAAGGUUAACAUGAGGAAGUGCACGCAUGUCAUAGGAGCGCUCAUGCCAAUGGGAAAGGAUCUGCAGGAGGACAAGGUUACCUUACAAAGGUCAGUAACGUUGGUGGAAGUUGGCGAUUUCCCAUCGAAAUGCUAA